AUGCACAAAUGUUUUCACACAAAAGGAAAUGUCGUAUCUGCAUGCUGUUUCGAGUUCCAUAAAAAAGAAUUCCCUGCAGGUAACAUUGUGUCAUAUAAAGAAACACGGAAAGACUGUACAAUCCCUGGAAUCAUUUUUACUACAAAGAAAGGUUUCCGUUUCUGUGCAGACCCUGAAGACGAGUGGGUACAGAUGAUCAUAAAACAAAGACAGGUUGAGGUUCAAGUAGAGGCUGAAAAUCCACCUUGUCCUACUCAUAUCAUCACCCCUGCAACAAAAACACCAGAGGCUAACCCAACAGUCCUUCCUCCUUCACUUAGUAGAACUGAUCUCGUUUCCACUAACAAGCCAGUUUCCAUUGGGACAAUCAGUAUAAAAGCUACAAGUCUUCCAUCUCAACAGGGUUACACAGAUGAUCCAGCCAAAUACAGACCAUGUGUUUAUCCUCUGGUAUACCAAUUGAAUACUACUGCGACUGCAUCAGUAAAUGGGACUGACACACCUGCUCCUACAGCUGUUUCAGCCAAUAUAAACCAACCUGUUUUUACUAUCAAACCAGUUUCUACUGUGAGUCAAAAUAUAGAACAGCCUGACAAAUCAGAUUCUCCUGCCAUGUCCAGUAUGGUCCAAAUGGAGCAGUGGUGUACUACUUCACAUACUAGAGCAAUUAAAUAAGUGUAAGG